GGCAUCAUGGGAGUUGAAUUUAGCGGUCCGAAGUACACCCAUGGACCUACUGCUGAACUCUGCGAUCCCGUGAUCCAGUGUUUCGUCCCCGUUCUCUAAAGUCAAGCUUCACCCAUCGCGGACAACUUUAAUACGUCCAUGACAAGGAGUCACAUCACAGACCAGUGUAAAGAUGGCUGACACCAGGUGUACCCAAGGCUUUGAGGACACCGCCACUCAUGUGAACGUCAAAGAGUACUACGGUAAGGUCCUGAAGAAGACGGUGGAUCUGAAGACCAAUGCCUGUAUGACGCCUUCCUCGCCCGUCCCUCUGCACAUCCGCCAGGCGCUGAAGAUGGUGCACCCUGAAGUCAGUGACAAGUACUACGGCUGUGGUCUGGUGGUCCCGGAGAGCCUGCAGGGCUGCCGCGUGCUGGACCUGGGCAGCGGCAGCGGGAGGGACUGCUACAUGCUGAGCCAGCUGGUCGGGGAGAAGGGCUACGUCACGGGGAUCGACAUGACAGAGGACCAGCUGGAGGUGGCCAGGACGUACGUCGACUACCACAUGAAGGAGUUUGGCUACAAGAAGCCCAACGUCAGUUUUGUCCAGGGAUACAUCGAGGCCCUGAAGGAGGCGGGCAUCGAGGACGGGUCCUGUGACAUCAUCAUUUCCAACUGCGUGGUGAAUCUGUCUCCGGACAAGAAGCGGGUUCUGGAGGAGGCGUUCCGCGUUCUGAAGGAUGGGGGUGAGUUCUACUUCAGUGACGUCUACAGCAGCAGGCGGCUGACGGAGGAGCUCAGACGCCACCAGGUCCUUUGGGGCGAGUGCAUCAGUGGGGCUCUGUGGUGGGAGGACCUCCUCCAGCUGGCCGGGGCGGUGGGCUUCAGCGCGCCCCGCCUGGUGACCGCCAAACCCGUCACCGUGGACAACAGCGAGCUGCAGAGCAUUCUGGGGGACUUCCGCUUCGUCUCGGCCACGUACCGGCUCUUCAAGGUCCCGGCCGGCGCCCGGACGCCCGCCCUGGUCAUGUACGAGGGCAACGUCACCGGCCUGGAGGAGAGCUUCACCCUUGACACGCACUACACCUUCAAGGUGGAGGAGGCGGUGGUGGUGGACGGCGAGGUGGCAGAGAUCCUGAGCCGCUCCCGGUUCUCCGAUGCGUUCACCGUGCAGCGGGGCGCUCUGGCCCCGCCCGGCGCUGCCGCUCCCAAAACAGACGUUGUGAAUCCGUUUGAGCUGAGCCAACGGAAGGAGAAUGCAGUUCCCGGACCUGCCACAGGGGGAUGCUGUGGGGCAAAGUCAACCGCAUGCUGCAAAUAAAUAAGCGGAGAGAUGUUGAUUGAUUUCCUACUGUCAAGUAUGGAAUUCAUUCGUACAUCAUUCAUGUCUUAGCUUUCCUCAAUAACCAAUGCUUUUUUCAAGGUAGAAAAAAAAUGAGUAGGUCGAUGGAAUGCUUUUGUAAUUUGCCCAUAAUUCGCCUAGGAGAAUAUCCUACUUUCAGAAUGAGUUGAUAUAAUAAAGUAUUAUAUGAAAUAUGUAGUAUUCAGCUUUAUACCUCUGAAAAGUCGUGACAUCACAAUGUUACAAUGUUUUCAUGAUGGGUGGACUUCUGCAUUUUAAAUAAAGGAUUCAAAUCAA